CUUUCUUUCUGAUUGUAUUGGUAGCUCCAGCGUAACCCUAGAAGGAUCGGCGACGGCGAAUUGAUCCUCUCAUGGGUCCGAACGCGAAAGCGAGAUGGAAGAGGUAUCACAAGAUCGAUAAAGGCCGAAAACCGCGAAGGCAAUACGGUGUCUUGUACCCUCAACCCCCACGGAGGAAGAAGCUGGAGGGGUCUAAACCGCCGGUGGAUCCCGUUGAUUCAGACGCGUAUUCGGUCCACCAGGUUUUAAAUGCUCCGAAACGGAAACCGACGAACAAGGCACCAAAGAAGAAGGAAGAGGAGAGUGAGGAAGAGGAGAGUGCGGAUGAAAAGAGUCGUACGGAGGAGGAAGCGCAGAGUGGCGGUGAAGAGGGGCAUGCGGCGGAGGCCAUAUACGUCAACCCUCCCAGGCCUCCUAACCCUCCCAUGGCUUCCGAAUCAAAGCGGGGGUACAGCAGGAUACGGAAAUGGAGGUUGAAGAAGGCCCGUCAGCAGGCGGAGGACGACAAGGCCACCGACGAGAAGAAAGAGAAGAUGAGUUACGGCAGUCCCUACUGCCAACGCUGCAGAGAAGUUGACGAGCUCACGCUGGUGCCAGUGGCUGACGAUGCAAUGUAUCUGUCUCUCGACGACGACUUUGGCGGCGACGACAACCUGAAACUAAGGGUAAUCCGCUACCGGAGGAAGAAGUGGUUGACCGGGGGUUUUGAUGCUGAUUGUCAUCCUAGCUAUCUUACUUUCGGUGGUAUUUUUCAGCCAUACCAUUAUCGCUUUGUUGUGGGUUUCGACAGGAUGGUUCAUGGGUCCGUGAAAUACGCAAUCAAUGAAUAUAAUCGACUGAAGGAAUUUUUCUUUCUUUUGAAGCUUGUAUGCUAAUACAUUAUUCUAUUCUUUUGUUUCUAUUUAGUAUAUGGUCUCUCAAAUGUCGGGUAUAUAAUGUUUGCAGAAGCAAAAGUUAACUUUGCUUAGGAUUGUGAACGUCACUGCCGAGUCUGCUGGGUGUUACAUAUUCUAUGUAACAUUUGAAGGCGUGAAUGAGUUGCUGAUUAGUAAGGGAACACCUGAUAUCAUUCAUACAUACCAAACUGUAGUGACGUGUGCACUAUGGUUCAUUGGCAAUCAUGAAGUGUUCAUCUUCAAGAGAAAAUUCGAUGACAAAUUGUCGGGUGACGGACCGUCGAGAAGAAAAAGCUUCAGAGAGAAGCAUUUGUUACGGCCAGAACCUAGUUAUGCGGAACUCACAAGAGAAAAGAGAGAAAAGUGGUGGACCUUGGAAGCAGGAGUGAAAAAUCGGGGACCUUGAAUUCUUGCAAGGUUGUGUGUUAUCUUUGCAGGAGUUGUUUGCUACCCUUAUGUUAAUAGUGUUUACGUUCACAUUAGAGAACUGGUGGUAAUGUGUUUUCUUUGCCUGUUAGUAGGAUCCCAUAGAGGAUUUGAUACACUUAAAAAAUAGUUUUGGUUGUUAAUUAGUAAACCAUAUAGCUAAAUGGUUGAGGGUUUGAUGUGAUGGAAAUAUAUUGUUCUAAUGGAGAAAAGAUAGA